UAUUGGGAAAUUGCACAACUCAGAGAAAUACAUUCACUUCUCUUUAUUUGAUCUUAUCUUCUACACUAAACCUUCUCCCCCAAUUUUCCGAUCUAAGUCUUUGUGUCUGCGUUUGAAGGCUAUGAAUAUCCAUUUUCUAGUGAAAAAAUCCAUUUUCUAGAGAAAAAUUUUCGUCUCCUUCAAAAUCUUUCGGUUCAUCAACACACCUUACAAAUCAGCCAUUCAACCUCUACGGUUUGUGUGGCCGGACGCGUGCUCGGAGGUCGCAGAUGUCGCCGGAACGAUUGCCGCUGAGUAAAAAACCUAAAAGUGGUGAUCGGAAAACUAUGGUUUGUGUGUUUGUUGAUGAAGGCAGCAAUGUAUAACUGAAGAUGGCAUUAUCUAAUAAAAAAAAUAACCGGCCCGACCCUUACGUGACGACCCUCCGGCCCGAUCGCCUGGCUCGACCUCCGGGUCAACGCUGAAACGAGUUAAAGGGCUGAACCGGCCCGGUGGUGUUUCCGGAUCCCGGCCGGACCGGUCCGACCGGCCGGCCCGGUCCGGUUUUAAAAACGUUGCAUAUAUAUAUAGGUACGUGAUCAGGAGAGAACGGUGAUAUGUGUUAGAACGGUGAGAACAGAUCCUGACCGAACACGUGGAAGGGGGCGCUAAUUGAUAUACAAGGACGAAGUUGCUUCCUCGAGUCAAAGGCUCUGCCUCAAAACUGGAUUACCAUUUAUCAUUCCUGACGUUAGUGAAGAAAUAAAGCCCACAAUGGACAUGGUAUUCACAAACCUCGAUGAUUGUUAUUCAAUGUAUGUUAAGUAUGCCAAGGAGUAUGGGUUUUCAGUCAGGAAAGGGACUACAAAGACAAACUCUAAAGGUAUGUUACAUAUUAAGUAUUACUUGUGUACGAGAUCUGGGUUAUAUAUGGACAAGAAGAUUGAUACGUUGGACACCAAUCAAAAGGAGCGAUUUGUGCGAUCCAACUUUUCAAAGAGGACUGAUUGUUGUGCACUGUUAGGUGUAAUUUUUUUAGGCUAGAUCAUGGAAGGUGUAUAAGUUUGUCGAGGAGCACAACCAUGAUCUUGUUGAACGUCCUGAUAAGCAUUUUCUUCCAACUGAAUGACAUCUCACUCAGCUCCAGAAGCAUGUUAUACACAACAUGUCUAAGUUGAAUUUAGGUCCCGUCAAGGCGUUUAAUGUUAUGAAGACUUGUUUUGGUGGUUUUGAAGACGUGUGUGCCAGUAAAGUUGAAUUUAAGAACUGCAAGAGGCAAAUUAACUUGUUUAUAGGGGAAUAUGACACCGAUACGGUUGUGAGACAUUUGAAUGAAAAAAAACAUUCCCAGCCUAAUUUCACGUACCAUUACUUCACAAACGAAGAGAAUCAUUUGAAGGGACUUUUUUGGUGUGACGAUCAAGCCAAACGUAAUUACCACGUGUUUGGUGAUGUGAUUUCGUUUGACGCCACGUAUCGUUCCAACAAAUAUGCUAUGGUGUUUGUACUGUUCACUGGUAUAGACAAUCAUCACUGCAAUGUUACAUUUGGUGCUGCAUUAUUGGCGUCGAAAACUGCUGAUACAUAUUUAUUGGUUGUUGAGAGUUUUUCUAAAAGUUGUUUGUUCUCAAUCAAAAGUUGUUGUCACUGACCAAGAUCCAGCAAUGAAGAAGGCUAUUUAUGCUGUAUUUGUUGACACGAGGCAUUAGUUAUGCAUGUGGCAUGUGAUGCAUAAACUAUCUCUGAAGGUUGGUGUUAGGCUAUGCAAUUCCACAAAUUUCAAAGAACGUAUUUGUGGUGUUGUGUGGACGGAUAUUCUCACACCAGAAGAGUUUGAAUCAAAAUGGGAAGCGGUUAUCGGAGAGUUCAAUUUAGUAGAUAAUGACUGGCUAUCUGAUAUUUUUGCACCCAGGGGAUCUUGGAUCCCUGCAUACUAUAGAAUGGAAGAGAUGUCGGGUCUUAUGCGAACGACAUCGAGGUCGGAGAGUGAGAAUCAUUUUUCUGAUCAGGUGUGCAAUUCGAAAGCUACUCUUGUUGAGUUCAUGACUCAUUACGAAACUGCAAUAGAAGCACAGCGUCACACGCACCAGAAAAAUGACCAUGAAUCUCGAUACAAACGACCCCAGUUGAAGAGUAAUUACCAAUUGUUGGAAGGCCAAGCUGUUGACAUAUACACAAAAAGUAUUUUUUGUGACGUUCAAGCUGAGCUAAUUGGAAUUGCGGAUUGUAUAAAUCAACGCUACAAAGAUCAGCCUAAUGGGUUUGUUAAGUUUUACAUAAAUAACUUCCAGCAGCCUUGUACAUCCUUAUUUGAGGUAAUGUUCCGUAAGUCUGAUUGCACAUGCAGUUGCUCAUGCAAGCGUUUUGAGCAGUUUGGUUUGCUAUAUAGACAUAUAUUCUAUGUUUUGAGAAUUAUGGACAUUAGGGAAUUUCCAAAACAAUACAUUUUGAAUAGAUGGCGCAAAGAGGCUUCCCCAAACUGCUCUCCCGAAUACUCAAUUAGUCGUGAAUAUAUGACUGAGCUUGAUCCCGAUGUGCAAAGUAUGAUGCGAGAUAUUAUUUUUUCAACGGAAUAUACUUUGAACCAUUUUUCUGGUAAUAAAGAGGAGCUAUCCUUAUACAAGGAUCAUGUUCAAUCUUAUAUGAAGAAGGUUCAAGAUAUGCAGAUUGUUGCUCCUCCGGCUAGUACUAGGGAUAGAUUUGCUGAGAUAACCGGUCAAUAUAAAACGACGAGAAUCUGAUAAGAGUCCCUGUUGGGUAUAAAUCCAAAGGUUCUGGUUCUCGAAAGCGCCUGAAAUCUAAACAGGAGAUAGCAGUCGAGAAAAAGAAAUCAAAGUCGAAACCCGGGGCCAAAGAAAGACAUUGUCAGAACUGCAAAGGCUAUGGACACUACGCAUCGACAUGCAAACAGGCCGUAAUUAAAAGAAGAUCGACAAGGUUUUCGAGAGCUAGUGAAGAGUAGUUUGGCGUUUUGUAUUUUUCAUUCUUACAGAGCACACACAGAUGGUCUUCGAGAGCCAGUGAAGAGUAGUUUGGCGUUUUGUAUUUUUCACUCUUACAUAACACAGACAGAUCUCAGUUUGGCGUUUUACAU